AUGUCGCAAGCAUUUAUCGGUAAACCCGCACCGAAUUUUACAACCGAGGCGGUGAUUAAUGGUGAUUUUAAGACGAUUUCAUUAUCGGAUUUCAAGGGGAAAUAUGUCGUUCUUUUCUUUUAUCCUCUUGAUUUCACUUUUGUUUGUCCAACCGAAAUAAUCGCAUUUUCUGAUCGAUAUGAGGAAUUUCGUAAACUCGAUGUUGUGGUACUUGCUUGUUCAACCGAUUCCAAAUUUUCGCAUCUUGCUUGGAUCAAUCAACCGCGAAAACUUGGUGGUCUUGGCGAGAUGAAUAUUCCUAUUUUAGCAGAUACAAAUCAUAGUAUUAGUCGAGCGUAUGGUGUGCUUAAAGAAGAUGAAGGAAUCGCCUAUCGUGGAUUAUUCAUCAUUGCACCGGAUGGAAUUCUUCGUCAAAUAACCAUUAAUGAUCUUCCAGUUGGUCGUUCUGUUUCUGAAACACUUCGACUUGUCCAAGCAUUCAAAUACGUCGAUACCCAUGGCGAAGUUUGUCCAGCUGGUUGGAAUCCAGGUAAUGAUACGAUUGUGCCUAAAAUCGUGGAAAGUAAGGCUUAUUUCGCGAAACACUGA